UAAGUGUUCUCAUUAUCACUAGAUUAUAUUCUGAUCAAAUCAGAAACAAUGAUUAAAGUUUUUUUCGGAACCGAAUAAUUUAUUAUAGAGAGAUUUUAAUCGUGAUCAUACCAGUUGAGAAUUCAAAUAGUUGUUUGCAGAAUCUCAGUAAGUUGAUGAACAUUGUGAAUUCCAACAGUGAUAUCCUAGUUUCAAAAUAUUGUCGCGUCAAAUAUGGAAGAUACUAUUUCAAGAAGAGAAUCUCGUCGCUCAGUUACAUCUAUAUCAGGACAUAUGAGACAUUCUUCGACAAAUCAUCCGGAGGAGUUGAAACCUGUACCGAGAGAUAACUUCUUCAUCUGUCAUUUAUUAUGUUUCUUCAUUGGAUUCAUGCAACUCAUGCCUCUGAUGUUUAUUGGAACCGCAGCAAACUACUGGUUGUAUAAGUUUCGCAACACAACCAUUGAAGAUCAAUCAGGGGAAAAUCGAACGGAGUUACAAUCUCUUUAUCAAUCAUCGGCAAUGGUGGCACAAACUACCCCAGCUAUAAUAUUCACACUUACCUCGACAUUGUUUGGACACAGAUUUGAUGCCAGGAAAAUGAGCAUUGGAUGUCUGUCUGUCCUCAUAGCCCUUUUCACCGUAUUCACAGUUUUCACACAAGUCAACACAGACUCAUGGCAAACUGGAUUUUUCUUCACAACAAUGGCCCUUCUUGCAUUUAUUAAUGCUACAGUGGCCACCUUCCAAAUAGCGACAUUAGUCAUUGUAUCGAGAUUUCCCAGAGAUUACAUGAAAGCGUUCCUCUUAGGCCAAGCUGGAAAUAUCAUGUCGGAUAUUCUUCAAGUGAUAAGUAUCACAUUCACGGACUCUGACGUGACAGGAGCCUUGAUCUUCUUCACUGCUGGGAUAUUCCUCAUAAUAACCAAUUUGGUACUCUUUCUGGUGGCGCCUUAUACGGAAGCAUACAAGGAAUACGUUAUGGAAGAGGAAAAAACUGGCAAUGGUGGUGCACAGAAAAUAAAUUGGAGUGAAUCAAAGCAAGUUGUUAAAGGGAUAUGGCCAGCAUUAGCACUCAUGUCUUUGGCAUUGCUGUGCACGUAUAGUAUUCAUCCAUCAGUGACGACUCUAGUUGUUUCGGAGUUCAGCGGAGAAAAAACUGCAUGGACAACAAAGUACUUCGUUCCUGUUAUAACAUACACAUUGGGUGAUGCUUCAGGAGUAGUCGCGCGACUAGCUACAGUAGGAAGUUUGACGAGAUCCAACUACCCGAUUUGGUUAGGAGGAGCUGCUCUGCGUUGUAUUAUUUUUAUAUUAUUCCCUAUGUUCUGCAAUGCCCAGCCAAGACCACAUAAUUUGCCAGUGCUGUUCAACCAUGAUUGGGAAUUCAUUCUUUUCAUGAUUGUAUUCCAAGCUUCCAAUGGGUUUAUAUUCAAUAUUGCCUUCCUCAGUUUGAAAGAGUUAUCUGGUGAAAGAACAGAAGCUGCACUCAAGCUAACGCUCAUAAUAAUGUCUGUGAUAGGAGCAAUUUUCUCUUCAUUUGGAAUACUGGUUGUGAAGUUACUCUAACUGGAACUUCAUCGAUGCUCUCAACAAAGAACGUAUUCGUGGGGCAAUAGCAGCGUGCAAAGUUUCGAGUGAUAUCACUGAUUACAUAUUCAGAAUCAGUAUUGCUCAUGUAUGUUAGACGGAUAUUGUGAUAUGCAGUUAUAUUUUGUUUUUUGAAUUUGAGUCAGUAGAUAUAAUAUAACGAAAAUCGAGAAGAAGAGAAGAUAACAAUCCUUUUUGUUAUUUCUCAGUAGAGAUAAGUUUCAAUCAGGAAUUUAUGUAGUGGUCCCCACGCUAUUUUUAUUCCCUCUCUCCAUUAAAAAAUCAUGAACUAGAGCGGACAGUCGAAAUGGACAAAAUGUGAAUAAUAGAAAUAAAGAUUUCAUUGAAAACC